UUAUCCAUGUGCGCUAAAAGAGAAAAAAAUACACUGAGAAACGCAAAAAAUAUUAUGCAUGAACAAUGCACCAAAGUUGAAAAAAGGUGUGUGUUACGAGCUAGGACCAUAUUCUGAAAAUAACUGAAUACUCAAAUAAACUGAAUUGUUCAUCAUCAAUCAUAAGAACAAUAAAGAGAGCUAUAUAGAAGCUGCAUUCGUUCUGAUUUCUACAUAACAGCAACAGAAUGAUGAUCCGAAUAGUUUUGUUUGGUUUAUGUUUUGGAUUUUCAAUGGCUUUCCGGGGUCCCCAUCAUCCGCGAAGUUCAGUUUCUCAUCAUCACUAUGUUCCUCAAGGAAAUAUUAAACUAACUCAAGAUUCUCAGCUACUCCAUGAUACUGCACAUUUAAUAGAAGAUAUGGGACAUCUUGGGGAAACGAUGGAUAUUUCAAAAAUGAACGCCGAAGAGUUGAGCUUUUACUACUUCAAGACUCAUGACAUGGAUAAUAAUACUAAACUCGACGGUUUGGAAAUGCUCCAUGCAAUUCAGCAUACAUUUCAUGAGCAUGACGAUAAACUUGGUGACUAUGAUAGUGAAAACCAAAUACAUCUUAUUAUUGAAUUAAUUGAUAGGGUUCUUGAAGAAGAUGACUUAGACAACGAUGGGUAUCUAGGAUAUAUUGAGUAUGUUUUAGCGAGACAAAAAAGUCAAACUGAUGUUCAAACGCCAAGAAACAAUUUGAACCUUUAA